AUGGCAACAGGUAUAUUAUUUGAUGAUAUGUUCCUUGUUAAAGAUGUUGAUCCGGAUGGAAAGAAGUUCGAUCGUGUGUCAAGGCUGUUUUGUGACAGUGAAUCUUUUAAAAUGGAACUCAUUUUGGAUGUAAAUACGCAAUUAUAUCCGAUGAGCCUUAACGAUAAAUUUAGGUUGUUGUUAGCAACUACACUGCGUGAUGAUGGUUUGCCAGACGAGCGAGAAUAUGAUAGUCAAACUCAUUACCCGCGGUUAGAUCCGUUUGAGUAUGUCAUGUUUGGUAAGGUAUAUCGAAUUGAAGGAGAAGAAAUUAGUUCGGAAACAAAUACUUUAGCUGCUUAUGCAUCCUUUGGUGGCCUGUUAAUGCGGCUAAAAGGCGAUGCCAAUAAUUUGCAUGGUUUUGAACUUGAUUCAAAUAUAUAUUUGUUAAUGAAAAAAGUUGUAUUUUGA